UUAUAUGUUCAACAUGGCGUCAAAGUCAUGUGUACAAAACAAAGUAGACUAGAUUCUAGUCUAGAUUAUGAUUGAUUAUAAUUAGAUCUAGAUCUAUCUAUUGAUUAUCUAGAUCUAGAAUCUAGAUCGACUACAUUGAUCUCCUAUUAUGACUUUUAUAGAGAGCCUCUCCAAGGCCUCUUAUCUAAAUUCUGACUUUUGAAGUAUUGUCAAGAGUAAAAUUUAAAAAAAAAAUGAAAACUUUAAAAAUAAAUAUGAUCUUAUGCUUGAGAAAAGCUCAUGGUCAUUUGUCAAGAGACAAAAUAUGUUUGAAAAGACUAAGGCUCUUUCAUUCAAGCAGUCAAGCAUGUGAAAAUGUAGAUCAUGAAGUCAUGUCCAAAAUUCGAAACAUUGGCAUCAUGGCCCACAUUGAUGCUGGAAAGACAACCACUACUGAGAGAAUGUUGUAUUACUCUGGUUUUUCUAGACAUUUAGGGGAUGUCGAUGAUGGAGAUACUGUAAUGGACUACAUGGAGCAAGAAAGAGAAAGAGGAAUUACAAUCACAUCAGCUGCUAUUACUUUUAAUUGGAAAGGACAUAAAAUUAACCUUAUAGAUACACCUGGCCAUGUUGAUUUCACAAUAGAAGUAGAGAGAUCAUUGAGAGUACUUGAUGGGGCAGUGGCUAUACUUGAUGCUUCAGCAGGGGUGGAAGCUCAGACUUUGACAGUCUGGCGGCAGGCAGAUCGUUACAACAUUCCUCGCUUGGUCUACCUAAACAAAAUGGACAAAAGAGAUGCCUCCUUAGCACUCUGUCUUCAGUCUCUUCAUAAAAAACUCCAUGUUGAGCCCCUGCUUGUCAAUCUUCCUAUGGGAUCAGGCAGAGAUUUCUGUGGUGUCUAUGACCUCAUUCACAUGAGCUCCUUGGAAUGGAAUGCAGGGAGCCAUGACGGGAGCACAUUUCAAGUAAACCCAAUUGAAGCUAGUAAUAAAGAUUAUGAAAAAAUUAUGAAGGCUAGAUCAGAUUUAAUAGGAAAGUUGGCAGACAUUGACGAGAAUGUUGCUGAUCUUGUUCUGUGCGAUACCAGCCUAGAAAGCUUCCCCUCACAUGUUCUUAUUUCUGCGAUCAGAGCUGCAACACUAAAACGCUUGAUCAUACCUGUGCUAUGUGGCAGCUCCUUGAAGAACAAAGGUGUUCAACCUCUGAUGGACGGCAUUAACUUCUUCCUACCGAGCCCCAUGGACAUGACUUACGGGUUUGCUAAAUACUACGGCACUCACUUGUGUGCCUUGGUGUUUAAAGUCACGCAUGACAAGCACAAAGGAGCGUUGAUGUUUGCUAGAUUGUAUUCUGGCAUGUUGAAGACUGGAGCCCAGGUGUACAACAUCAACAGGGAUAAAGUGGAGAAAACAAGCAGGCUGCUGCAAGUCUAUGCUGAUGAACUGAGGGAUAUCUCCACCGCUGUGGCUGGAAAUAUUGUUGCUAUAGCUGGUUUGAAAGAGACAUAUACAGGAGACACAAUCACUUCCAGUUCAAAGACAGCCCAAGACGCUUCCAGGGCUUACAUUCAUGAGCAUGGAGCAGCUUCUAAGUCUACUCCAGACAAGGAACAAGAUCCAAAUAAUGAAGAAGAGAUGGUGGAAGUGGAGGAGUCUGACACCUUGACCUCAGACAUGGUGCCCAUCCUUGCAGGAUUAACUGUACCAGAUCCAGUUUUCUUCUGUUCUAUAGAGCCCCCAAGUUUAUCCACUCAAAAAAGUCUUGAUGAUGCCCUGGUAUUAUUACAAAAAGAAGAUCCAAGCUUAAAGGUGGAAGUGAACCUUGAGACAGGUCAAACUAUAUUGUCUGGUAUGGGAGAACUUCAUCUUGACAUCAUUAAGUCACGUCUGGAAAAAGAAUAUGGUCUGGAAGUUGACUUGGGCCCAUUGCAGAUUGCUUACAGGGAGACUAUUCUCAAUGACAUAGAGGUGACAGAGAUACUCAACAAAGAAUUAUCAGGUCGACAGCAAUUUGCUCACAUCAAGCUAUCACUUCACCCUGACCUCAGUGAUCGGGAGUUUAAAUACGUCUUCCUGAUGAGGUCAGCUGACCACCCCCUUGUGAUCAAACAUAAAGUGAUGAAAGCCAUUGAAGCAGGAAUCAAAUCAGGACUUUCUCACGGCAAUUUGUUGAACUUUCCUGUCAUCCACACCAGUGUUCACUUACAUGAGUUCCAUACCCACUAUCACACCACACUACCUAUGAUUACAGCAUGUGCUGCUCUAGCUGUUAGAAAAGCCUUGAAACAGUCAAACUCUGUCUUACUGGAGCCCAUGAUGGCCAUGGAGAUCAGUACAGAUGAAGACAGAUUUGAGGUAGUAAUGGCAGACUUGGCCAUGAGACGAAGCCAUAUUUUAAAUGUUAUGACACGCCAUGACAGUAAAAUAAUCCACACGCUCACUCCCUUGCAAGAACUUCUGGGUUACUCUAACACCCUCAGGACGAUCACUUCUGGCACUGCAACCUGCUCUAUGGAGCUGGCACAUUAUGAGCGGAUGUCCCAAGAGGAUGCCAAUAAAGUGAUAGAACGUCUGUCAGGAUUCCAUUCAACAUCAUUAAAUAAAUAACACUUGUAGUUAUAUUCAAAUAUAUAACACUGAAUUUGAAAUUGCCAAAAUUGUAGCUGAUGGCUAAGGAAGUCCUUAAAAUGAUGUGUUAGCUUCCUUAUAUGUUUCAAUGAAAUAUUAUUGAUGUAUUAAGUGAAAGUCUAAAGCUAAGUGCACAGAUCAAAGCCAGAUGAAUUAGGUAUGGUCUGGGCUGUUGUUCAUAUAUCUGCAUAAAACCGAAGCAGUGGGUUUUGGCGCAGCCAUUUUGGUGCUUAUUGUUUUCAACGCAUUAUUAUAUAUGUUCAUUUUAUGUCCUUAAAAAGAAUGAUAAGAAUGAAGACUGAGAUGUUUUGUGUGUGUUUGUGUUCCAAUGUCAUUUUCAUGUGAAGAACAUAGUCUAUUUUUUGCCAGAUAUUGGAUUUAAUUUUUUUGUGUAAUUAUUUUUAUGUCAUAAUUUUGUGUGGGUUUUAACAUAUGUCCAAAGACAAAGUAAAACGAUAGAAAAAAAUCAAUGCAUUUUUUUUUUGGCCUUACAAAAAAAAAAAAGAUUUAUUU